AUGUCCGGUCAGAAGGAAGGUCCCAAAGACCCCAGCAAGGGUAAAAAUAAUGACAACAGUUCCCCAGCUCAUCAUCCUGAAAAUCAAGGAAUUGCAAGCAAGCCCAGAACGACUGAAGAUCUUCGAGCUUUGAUUCAAAAUCUCGACAUUGGCCCAACCAGAGACGCCAUCUCCAUCAAUACGAAUCUUCCUCCGUUCACCCUUUCCACCACCACCAAUGGUUCCCAUGCGGCCAACAACGAAGGUUCGCCCAGUCCCAAGCGACCUCGUCCUUUUGGAACACCUUUCACCCCUCAAAAGCCUGCCAAUAGCAAAGGUCAAUCACAACUUCCUUCGCCCGAUACCGCCAUGAAGGAAAAAGCAAAAAUGCCUCUCCCCAUCGGUGCAGAGAAAAAGCUCGGUCUAAUCGAAAGAACUCAACCUCAACCUCAAUACGGAUAUCCAGCUACUCCGGGAUCACCAUCAUCUAUCUGGCCACAAUAUAAUAGUGGCUGGGUUGAGACUCACAAAAGUGUCUCACCUAUAUCACCCAAGAUGACAAUGGACUACAGACCUGGUUAUUCCUACUAUGAACAGUACCAAGAUGGAGUUCAAGUUCAUGAAGAACAGUGGGAUCGUUAUCAGCCUCAACGGGACCGAAAGGAAUGUCUCUACAACAUUCACCAUGGUCAAUCCAAUCCGGCCAGCAACCUCCCGAGAAGGACCAUCACGUUCAAUCCUUUCGCCGAUGAUACAUAUGCUACCACAUCCAUGAAUAUCAACUCCUCGUCGGCGAAGUCGGGGUCUAGUCAACCUCGAAACGGUCAGCCUAUUUCCAGUGUCGAGGAUUACAAUUUCUCCGACCUCAUCUCUACACCUGGCUUCGGUGGGUUUGGCGUCACCUUUGGCACGAGCUCUUAUCUCCCUGCAUAUAACGGCAAUCAUCAACAAUAUCAAAAUCCAGCCUCAACCGCAUCUAACACAAGACCCAACGCGGCGCAAUUGACCCAAGCACUCAGCAAUGCCGGAAAGAGGUCAAGCGCAUAUGGCAACAAGUGGUAUGCUCAGAACGAUCAAGGACAAGCUCAUCAAGCUGUCCAUCGUCAACGAAGACCCAGCAUGUCUCAUCACACCCGUUAUCCUUCUUUCGAAGGUGAUCUGGUCCGAGCUAACACCGGUACAUUAACACAUACCGCACCAACUCAUCAAUUCACUACACCUGGCCCGGAAAGACGACCAAAUGCAAACGAUUCUGUGAUGGUUCCACGAAAGAUACCUUGGACUGUCACUCAAUAUACCAAUACCGGAACACUUCCGCCAAAUUGGGGUCCUGGUACUGGCUUGGACUCUGGUCCACCUCCCCCUACUCCAUUUGCACCCGGAGAUUGGCUGUGCGCACAGCCCUAUUGUGGCUAUCACAAUUUCCAAAAGAACCCUGAUUGUCGAGCUUGUGGUCAUCCUCGACCUUGGGAAAUGAUUACUCAUAAUACCAUCAACAGUCCUCCUCUCGGAUCCGUUGGCGACUGGAGAUGCGAUUGCGGAUACAUCAAUUGGCGAAGGCGAGCUCUUUGUAAAAGCUGCUACCCUGAUCAUCCCUCUAAUCGAGAUCGAUCCGCUGUCACUCUGUCUAAUCACCCGGCCGGCGAUCUCAACACAUACCAAUCGUCCUCGACUGGCCGCAACAACUCCAAGCCGUCUAAUGAAAUGAACAGAUCUAACGAUCAAGUCUUGACAAUCUUCAGUAGUGAAGUAUCUCUAUCAGCGUUCUUGGGAAGUGCGAGACCUCAGCCCGAACACGUUCUCGAAUGUCUUUGCUCGUUCUUGUUCGAUCAUCCUCAUCACCCUAAAAACCUUCCGAACUUCCAAUCGAUCAACCACUCACUCUCGACGUCUGUGCGAAACUCCACUACUUACACAUUCUCAACAUUUUCAUUUUCUUGCUUUGCUCGGUAA